CUCGAUCUCCGGUGAAGCCCACCUUUCACCGAUCUCGUGCAUUCAUAUAUACGUGCUUUUGAAGCGGAACUAAUAGCAAAUCCGAAGCUUCGAUCUCCGGCUCUGGCGUUCCCGAAGCUCGGGGAUCCACCGCCAAUGCCCUUCACCAAGUGUUCAAAUAAGGACCAAUUCCUGUAUCGUUCACUAUUUCCCCUCAAUCUCCUCAACCCCAUACUAAAAAUAAUCCUUUUGAAAAAGAGGAUGUCACCCACAAUCAAGAAUGUGGCUCUUGCCGGGGCUAGUGGAAACGUCGGAUCUCGCGUACUCGACGCAUUACUCGAUCUCAAGUUCAAUGUAACGGUGCUUGCUCGGAGUUCCAAGCCUUUCCCAGCCGCUGCUAGCAUGAAAAUUGUUGACUUCACCUCGGUGGAGUCAUUGUCUGCUGCUUUGGCCGGACAGGACGCAGUCAUCGAUACUACUUUCUCGCCCGAAAUUGACACACCACUCCGACUUAUUGAUGCGGCGGUCAAGGCUGGAGUUUAUCGCUUUAUUACGAGCGACUUUGGUCUCGAUCCUGAAAUCCCAGGUGUUCACAAUAUGCCUGUUUUCGGUCGAAAGAAGGUUUCUUAUGAGGCCGUCAAGAAACAAGCUGCUGAGAACCGCUUGACCUACACCCUGGUAUCCAAUGGUGCUUUCCUUGACUGGGGUCUCACCACUGGCUUCUCCGGUCUGAACUUCAAAGAAAAGACCGCUUGGAUCUUUGGUGAUGGAAACAACGUCGUUCCAUGGACGACGUUGGAGGAUGUUGGCAAAGCAACUGCGAAUGUGCUUUUGCAUCCGGAGGAGACUCUGAACCGCCCGGUCUAUGUUCACUCCGUGUUCAUGUCGCAUAAUCAGCUGUUCGACGCAGCAAAAGAGGCUUUGGGAAGUGAGGGGUGGACUGUCACAUAUAACGACAUGGAACCUCUUUUGCAAAAGGCGUUGUCGGAUCUCCAGACCGGCAACAUUAGUGAUGCUACUUUUGUAGUACAGAUCCAGUACUGUCUGGCUACCAAAGCGCUUGCACACCCUUGGGAACGGGAUGAUAAUUCCCUCGUGGGACUGGAAGAAUGGAGCGUGGAAAAGGUGAAAGAGCUGAUUAAAACGAUCGCCCAAAAAGCAUAGUGAGGUUGAGUCGUCUUGUCAAUUGAAUGAUAUAGAGGUAAUAUCUUAUGUUGUGCACAGUCCAAUGGACUAUUAAACAUAUAUCAAAAAAACCGCGG